AUGGGGAGGAAGCGAUUGUUGGUGGUGCUAAAACCGAUCGAAGCUGACCCAGUUUCCCAAUCAGAAGAUGCUACAUCACUUAGACAGCAGAAGAAGGUGCACAAUGAUGCAAUAAGUUGUUGUCAGAAUAUUUUGCUCCGCAAGCCCGUUGAGUGGAAUUCUGUAGUGCUUAAUGAUCUAUCACAGCCCGUCCAUGAUGUGGACCUUGUUGUCACAGUAGGCGGCGAUGGUACUCUAUUACAAGCUAGCCAUUUCAUUGAUGACUCAGUUCCAGUUCUAGGAGUGAAUUCUGACCCCACACAGCCCAAAGAGGUAGAGAAGCUCAGCAAUGAGAUUGAUGCUUCUAGAAGCACAGGAUAUCUAUGCGCCACAACUAUUGACAACUUCGAAGAGGUACUUGACAACAUCCUCCAGGGUCGAACUAUCCCUUCCAAAUUGACAAGGAUAUCCGUAUAUGUAAACUCGCAAGUGCUUCCAACUUAUGCCCUUAACGAUAUCUUGAUUGCACAUUCAUGUCCUGCAGCACUUUCUCAGUUCUCAUUCAAAAUUAAAAGGGACGGCGAGUUAUGUUCCCCCUUAGUGAACUCUCGGUCAAGUGGCCUCAGGGUUUCAACAGCUGCCGGAUCGACAGCCGCAAUGCUCUCAGCAGGCGGAUUUCCGAUGCCAAUCUUAUCUCAGGAUCUCCAGUUUAUGGUACGAGAGCCCAUUUCACCGGGAAACACCUCACGCUUCAUGCAUGGAUUAAUCAAAUCACAUCAGUCCAUGGAAGUUACAUGGUUUUGUAAAGAAGGUGUCGUAUACAUCGACGGUUCUCAUGUUUUCUUUUCUAUACAGAAUGGGGAUGCCAUUGAGAUAUCUUCGAAGGCUCCAAUUUUGAAGGUUUUCUUGUCUCACUAUUUUCAGACAACAGUAAAGAACUGUUGUAAGUACUAGCUUUGUUCACAACUUCAUUCUUGUGGAACUCGCGAUUUCUUGUGUCAAUAAAAUUACUGUUUUACCUUUA